ACAAUAAAUAUGUCAGUGUGCUUCUCUUAUCUCAAGCAAACAAAAACAAACAAUGAAACAAAUUAGAUCAGUCAAUGUGGUCUGCAUAAAUGCAAUUCUGUAUUAUUUUGUCACAUGUCUAUGUUUUAUUUGUGGGUGGUAGGAGGGCGCCACUGGUAGAUCCUUCUUCCUUUCUCUCUCUGUGUUGUUUCUGUUCAUUUGUUGUACUUUAUACCCAGCACUAUAUGACCGUUAUUGUGUCAGUGUUCAUCUCUGUACUCAAACAGGUUGUAUUUGAGUGUGUCGUGUACUCUAACACGUUUUUUGAGGCUGUCCUGCUCAUCCUUGAGAAUGACCUUGAACUAGUGGGAGAGGUCAGAAAGGUCACAGAUUCUGAGUUGGUGAAGAAGACCAGAGAUGUGCUUCGUAUCUCCAUCAUUGUCUUCAAGGUUGUCAGAGUGGUUCUUCUUGUGUCUCUGGGUCUGGCUGCACUGCUCGGCGUUGUGAGCAUCAUCAGUGCCUUCCCCUCCUACAGACGGAACUUACUGGCGUUGCAUCGUGGGAAUUACAGCAAACUGGCAGACCGUUCAGAGAGGUCAAACUCUGAGCUCUUGGCUGGAAGCAUGAGGUUUGCUGGCUAUCAAGUAGGCUACAUAGCAUGGGGCUUCAUCAUCCAAACGGCCAUUUUCUUCAUCUUCUUUCUACUCAUCGCUACUGUCAUCGUCCUCUUUAUCUUCGACAUCUCCAGCUGGGCGGUGGAUAUGCUCUAUACUCUGUGGCCUGUUCCUGCCCUUGCUUUGGCUGUCAACUUUUCACAAGUGGUGUUUGCCAAACUGUUUUUUCUGGACAGCUUUGGAGAGAGCUUGGCACUCACAAACAGACGCAUCUUCUUCAUCUUCACCUACUUCCUGUUCUUCUACAACAUCUUCAUGGGCGUGUUCUCUUGCUUGCUGCGUAUCGGAAAGUCUCUGGUACUGGGUGCAUACUUGCUGCCAAGGCUUGACCACGGGAUUCUGCCAAGGACGUUCCAGUUUAUGGACCCAGACAAUAGUGGAGGUGAAGCCGUGAAGAAGCGUGUGAUGUACCGCUGGCACUUGCUCUACACUUUACUGCAGAACCCUCAAGUGCGACUCAUGAGGAAAGGUUAUCUGCAGUCACUAAUGAGAGCCAGAGAUCUAGGUCUCCACAUACCGGUCAGUGACCAGACACUGGCCAGUGAUGCUGCGGACAUCAGAGAAAGGACUUUGAGCUACCUCCAGGGCGUUCCCGGGCCACAAAGUGGGGACAUUGACUCUUGUGAGGACAUUGAUUGUCAUGAGGGCAUCAGAGAGAGGACUUUGAACUACCUCCAGGUUGGGGUCCCUGGACCACAAAGAGAGGACAUUGACAAGGAGGACAUCAAGAGUCACCAGCUUGUGGUCAGUGGUGCUGAGAUAACUACCGAUGACCGUCAAGCUGAAGAUGUUGGUUACGGUCAUUCUACUGUUGGUAAUGGUAGUGGUGAUUUUAGUAAUGGUGGUGGCAGUGGUGGUGAUGUUGUUCGUGUUUGUGGGGAUAAUAAUGGGGAUGUUGUUGUUAUUGAUAGGGAUGUCUGUGACAAUAGAGGGGACAGGGAGGGUGGUCAUGAUAGCUGUAGAGAAGGGGAGGGAGCUAUUCAGCGAGUUCUUUCCUCUCACUCAGUAGGUCCAUCUACGAGAAAUAGUGACCCUUGGUUGGAUGGCCCGCCUUGAUUGUCGGGAGUUCAAGGGAGGGAGGUGUUUCUGUUAAAGAGAGUGUGUGCGUUUGUGAGAGACAGAGGGAGAGCUAAGGAGAGAGAGAGAGAGAGAGAGAGAGAGAGAGA